AUGCAUUUAAGAUAUUAUUUAAACGAAAAAGGUGAAAGAGUAUACACACUUUCAAGUAUUAAUAAUCAAGGAGUAUAAACAUUAAAUGCACAUCCAGCAAGAUUUUCUCCUGAUGAUCCUUACUCAAAAGAAAGAUAUGAAUAACCUUAAAUGAACCAAAGUUAUUUUAAUUAUGUUAAUAACAACAUCCAUUCUUAAUUUGAUCCUUAUUUAGACCGCUCUAGACAAAAUUCUAUUGAAAAUUUUAACUAGCAAAAUACUAGAAAAAAAUAAAUAAAAACAUAAUGUGAUGCAAGAUAAAGAGUUGCUAAUAGUAGAUUAAGAAUAAAAGGAAGAUUUGUUACUAAAAGUUAAGCUUUAAUUGUAUUAGGAAUUGAAAAAAACAAUGAUCUUUCAUAAGAAUAACUAAAAUAUAGACUAAUUAUCGCCUAAUACAAAAUUAUAAUUAUGUAUAAAAUUUAUGAAUAACCCUUCUAUAUAGAGAACUUCUUUUGA